GCCCGGCCGGAGCCGCCGCGGGAGCAGCGAGCCCGGAGCGCCAUGGCCGAGAGAUGCGAUGUGCUCGUGGUCGGGGGCGGCAUCUCAGGUCUUUCAGCAGCGAAGCUACUGACUGAGUCAGGCUUGAAUGUGGUGUUGCUGGAAGCUAAUGACAGAGUUGGUGGAAGAACCUUCACCGUAAGGAAUAAGCAAGUUAAAUAUGUGGACCUUGGAGGGGCUUACGUGGGGCCAACCCAGAACCGUCUCCUGCGGCUCUCUAAAGAGUUGGGAAUAGAGACGUACAAAGUGAAUGAGAUUGAGCACCUGAUACACCAUGUCAAGGGUAAAUCUUACCCCUUUAAAGGCCCAUUCCCUCCCAUGUGGAAUCCCUUGGCCUACCUGGACUACAACAACCUAUGGAGGACCAUGGAUGAAAUGGGGAAGGAGAUUCCAAAUGAAGCUCCAUGGAAGGCUCCACAUGCAGAAGAAUGGGACAAAAUGACUAUGCAAGAUUUCAUAGAUAAAAUAUGCUGGACAAAAGCUGCCAAGAGUUUUGCAACUCUAUUUGUGAAUGUGGAUGUCACUUCUGAACCCCACGAGGUCUCUGCCCUUUGGUUUUUGUGGUACGUGAAGCAGUGUGGGGGCACAGCAAGAAUAUUCUCAACGACCAACGGGGGACAGGAGAGGAAGUUUGUUGGGGGCUCUGGGCAGAUCAGUGAGAAGAUCAUGGAGCGCCUGGGGGGGCGGGUGAGGCUGAGGAAGCCGGUGGUGCGCAUCGACCAGUCGGGGGACAGCGUCAUCGUGGAAACCCUGGACCAUGAGUUAUAUGAGUGCAAAUAUGUGAUCAGUGCCAUUCCCCCAGCUCUUUGUCUGAAGAUUCAUUUCAACCCACCUUUGCCCCCAAUGAGGAACCAGCUCAUCAACAGACUCCCCAUGGGCUCAGUCAUCAAGUGCAUCGUGUACUACAAGGAAACUUUCUGGAGGAAGAAGGGGUAUUGUGGUACCAUGAUCAUUGAAGAUGAGGAUGCUGCAAUUAGUCUAACACUUGAUGACACUAAGCCUGAUGGCAGCUUUCCUGCCAUAAUAGGCUUCAUUCUUGCUCGGAAGUGCAGAAGAUUGACAGGUCUCACAAGAGAAGAGAGGAAGACGAGGCUGUGUGAGCUCUAUGCAAAGGUGCUGGGAUCAGAGGAAGCUUUACACCCCGUGCAUUAUGAAGAGAAGAACUGGUGUGAAGAGCAGUAUUCUGGGGGCUGCUACACAGCCUACUUCCCACCAGGCAUAAUGACUCAGUAUGGAAGGAUCAUUCGGCAGCCCGUUGGCAGGAUCUAUUUUGCUGGCACAGAGACAGCCACUGAGUGGAGUGGAUACAUGGAAGGGGCUGUCCAGGCUGGAGAAAGAGCAGCCAGAGAGAUACUGUUUGCUAUGAGAAAAAUCCCAGACAGUGAAAUUUGGAAGCCAGAACCUGAAUCAGUUGACGUGCCACCUCUGCCCAUCACUACAACCUUCUGGGAGAGGAACUUGCCAUCUGUGCCAGGACUGCUAAAGCUGAUUGGAUUUUCCACUUUCUUCACCUCUGUGGCUGCAGCUGGGUUAUUUGCCUUCAAAAAGGGACUUCUGGUUCGAAACUGAAAAAAGACUGCCAAAGCUUUAGGAAAGCUCUCUCUGUCUUUACAGCCGUGUCUUGCUGUGAUUGUGCUGAGGACCUUGCCACCACUAUGGGAUUAAAGAAAGGAUUUGCCACUGUUUUCUCAACAUUUUCCACACAAAAGGAAUACACAGCACCUUGUGUACAUGGAUGCCAGUGUGAUGAGGGAAUUGAGGCAGAGAAUCAAGCUGCUUCCCUAUGGGUAGAGGGAACUGUUAGCACCGGCUUACAUUUUUGAAAUUAAAAUCCAUGCCAACCCUUUGAAGAGAGGAAUGAAGUCUGUUUUAAUGGAUAACCAGUUGUGCUGUAUUCUUCAUUUAUUAACCCAUUUGAUGAAACAACUGGUAUCAUGAAAGUUCCAAGAGUUUACCAGCUUUGUAAAAUAUACAGUAGGAACAACCGUGGAAAUAACUGUAUUUGUCUAUUACGGACUGAACUGUGUUACCAUGCAGAUUUUGUAAUGCUCUUAAGAGUUUAAAAAAAAAAAA